AUGUAAACUAAGCGGUUUACGCUUCCUUGGCAACGUGAGGCUUUUUAUAGCUACAUUUUAGCAUGUCUUCAAUAGUGUUGAAUUUUCGUGCAUUGAUAAAUUCACAUGUGAGUAAUUCGUCUCGUUUCCUAGUUUAUGUUAGCUAUUGUUUUGUGGUGCUAGCAAACGUGAUGCAGAGGUAGCGCUGCAACCUAUUCAAGCCAAAUCGGGUUGCUAGCUAACGUUAGCUAUGUUUUUAUCUAGCUAACUUUAGCCGGUAGAGUUCGCACCCGUUAGACAAAAAUGUCCACAUACCAUUUGUAUCGCGCAGUGCAGCUAGUUAUUGUCCUUUCUGUACGUGUGACCCAUGCGGCCACAGAUGGCGGAGUCAACACAGAGUCUUCAAUAACAACGAACAGUCCAAAAACCUAUGAGCCUUUCAGUACCACUGACCCGAUGUAUACCGUUUCAACCGUUGCAUUGGAUACUUUUGCAACUGCUUCUGCUGAAACUGUCACUCAAGAUGGUGUUUCCACGGUAACCACGGACCUGGCUCCAUCAUCUGAAGCCACCACCGAGCCAGUCAUUGAAACUGUCCCUCCUCCUGUUGAAACUACUGCCAAAACAAGUCUGACUCCAAAAGGUAGGUUGGUGGCUACACGUCACAAGGUACGUAUGUCUAUUGUCAUUGAAAAAAAUACAUUAGUGCACUACAAUAGUUUUGAGAUUAACCUUUGCUGUCUUGUAGUGUGUUUAUGUGAUUUGACCCCAGACUUCUGUGAUAUUGGCUGCUGCUGUGACAUUGUGGACUGCGACAUCCCUGACUUGAGCUCUGUCUUCAAUGGAUGUUUAGAUGAAGUCAUAUAUGGUGAAUGCAUUGAGAGCUGGUUGAUAUUCAGAGUCAAUGUGGAUCCUUCACGCGUCACUGUCACAAACAAAUUUGUCUGCAUUCGACCAGAAGAGGAUAAUACAGUUUCCCAGAUCCUUCCAGCUCUUGCUAAUACACCAUUGGACUCCUCCUACCACUUCUCUUGGAAGGGAUCCGCAACUUAUAGUACCCACACCAAAGAUUUCUACAGGCUCCUCCAUUCGUGGGGUCCUUCGACAGCCUUCACCAGGGGCCGCCACGUCUUCCUGUGUCGAGCGUAACCCUGCCAGGUUCCUGCGAUCUAUUUCUCUCUCUUGCACCCGCACACUGACUCCCCAAUCCUGUGCCACAGACCCCAGUCUCAAUGCACAGUCCUACUUCCAUGACAUCAGCCUGCUCAAGAUUCCAGUUCGUGAGAAUAUUCAGAUAUUACCAGAUAAUCUGAUCCCAGUCACUCCAGUAGUUGGCAAUGGUUGGCCUAAACCGAGAGAACAAAAUGGUUCCUGUCUCAAUGUGGUGUCAAAGGUGGACUAUCUUAUAUGGUACACAAUUAUAGGGGAGAUCGCUAUGGCAACAGUAAACAUGGUCUUGGUAGACACUGACUCAGAUACGAAUCUGUUGCAGAAGCACACUGUCCGUUUCCAGUUAUCCACGCCCCCUCCUACUCCUGAACCAACCCCUGUGGUGGGACUAACAAUGGGGACUCCUGUGAUUGGUCAAUUUGGCGAAGCGGUCCAACCUCUAACUCUUCUGGGUGUGUCACUGGGGGGAGAGUGCUCUAUUAACCCCAGCAACCGCAUGCCCAUCCUUUUCACUCACAACACCAUCACAGGCUGUACCUUCAGUUCUCCUUCGAGUAACUGCUCUAAGCUGCGCUCCCAGCUCUAUAGGGUCCUCCGGGGGGUUUCCACACCCAACCUGGUUGCCAUGACUGUGGGGUCACAACCAGACUGGGCAAGAGUCAUCACACAGGCAUGCUCUGUGGCGCCACAGGAGGAGUCGUGUGAGUCCGGGUGCCUCCUCCCCCACUCCCUGUCAGUCCAGGUGCUGUGGGCUCAGACAGGUCUCCUGGCCUUUCCCCAGAACUACAUCCUAGGGGCCAAAUACCUCUUCCACUGUCAGAGGGUCAAGUGUCCCCUCGUCUCGCCUUUCGCUGUGACCACGGAAGUGAUGUUUGUUGACACUACAGUCUACCCAGAACCCCCCAGGGGAACGCGACAGCCCAAGUGGAAAUUUCCGUUUGACUUCUUCUCCAGAGGGACAGGCGAGCUGGAUGGACAGACUGUCUCCACCAACAGUAGUGACCUCAAAAAGGUCACGUGGGAUAUGUUGGUUGCACUACUACUGUUGUGCUGGUUUCACUAAAAUGUUUGUUACAGAACUAGAAAUGUUCACUCGAUAAUCAAUUUCGCUUGCAUGUUGGAUUUUUUUGUUACUGUUUGUGAGGCUGAAUAGAUGAAAUUAGUGAAAUUGGGCACAAUUGUUUGGUUUGAAAUCUCAGGUCAUUUUUAAUUAAACAGUGAUGAUUUCCUAAA